UUUGCCAGAGCAAUGCCUGACAUCAGGGAAGCUACCCCUGGGCCCAGAGCUUGAGCAGGAGAGCUGUGACUUUUGCUACUUUAUCUGCAAACCACGUGUCUGGGAAUGCUGGCACCACCUUUUCUGAGGAACAAGAAAACCUCCUUCCCACCCACGCUGCUGCCUCAGAGCCACGUGUGAUGCAUGUGUUGCACAUGUGUGCAGUACAAAUAACAACAUCUGUGGGUGGUGCAGUAAGGGCUGUGCCUCCGUCUCCCACAGCGCUUGGGCCUCCUUUUGUGCUUCUAAGCUGUUGCUUCAGGAGUUUGGGAACUCCUAGGCCUGGAGUUCUGGCAGAGGCCCAGACAGAGCUUGGAGAGCUGGCACUUGAUGCCAGCAGGGAGUCUGAGAUUUACUUGUUUUUUUGGCUUUGUGAUGGGUCAUGCUGUGUCUGCCUGCUCAAUCCCUCCAGUGCCUGUCUGGGAUAUAGGCUCCCUCUAGGAGGGCAUUUCCAAGCUGGCAUCCUCCUUGGGGCUGGGACCUAUUCAGAGCUCAGCUUUGGACUUGUGCCAGUCCAUGGCAUCCUCUGUCCUGUGCAUUACUGCCUGUUCCUCCCUGGUGGUAACCUCGGAAUAGCCAAUCCCCCUGCCCCUGUGUCUAUAGUAUACGCUGUCUAUAGUAUGUGUGUAUUAGAGCUGUUUAGUGGCAGAGCUAACCUUUUUUUCAGAUCAACCACCUUGUGAGCUAGUAUUUGAGCUUCCUGAAUGACGGUGGAACUAAAUAUGCCCCAGGAAUCCCCUGCAGUGACCCUUUUAUCCAGGCGUGGCAUUUUUUGUUCAUGUAGCCCUUCCUGUGUCUGGUCAGUAUGGACUGUGUGAGCAUGAAGGGCACUGUGGGCAUCAGGUUCACAGGGAUGGUGGCUGUCAGAGUAUACUGUAUGGCCAGUGGCACUAGCUUUUGCCUUACUGCCGGCUUUUUUGCCCCUUUUGCUGUCUCCUGCCUGUGCCACCAUGGUCUCGGGAAUGCUCCUUUGUGCCUGGAUUAUGGUUUCUACGUGGCACUGUGGUUCCCAGGGGAAGCUGGGUGCAUAUUCUAAUAGACCUUCCCUUGGCUUUGUACUGGAAACUGCAGUUUCUGCUCUUGGCUGAAGUGGAGGGGCAUAUUCCUUUCCAGCUGUUAAGCUGGACCCCUCUGGAAUAGACCUGUCUUCUGCUGUGAGACCUCCUUGGUUUUGUUCUCAUUGCUCUUCAGUGCAGCAUGGGCCUGCUAUUGCCUCGCUACCUCUUUGUCCCCAUUUACAUGUAUGAUGAAGUGGGAUCUGGUCUGCUGGGAAGAGCCACCUAUCUGAGCACAUAUAAAAGCUCCACCUCACCCCCUGUGGGGAGUGAGGCAUGGGGGAGUCCUAUUUUGCAUUAAUGAGUGAUUAGGUGGGGAUGACUACCAGGCCAGGGGAUGCCCCGUGACAGUUGUCUCAGCUGUCCAUUGUGUAAUCCAGCAAGCAUUAUCAGUAUAAAUGGAAUUGAAUUGAAAGUGGGGGCAGGGAUAUAAGUCUCCUUGGGCAAGUUCCUCCUUUUCUGCUGUAGUUCCCACCUCCAUGUGCUGGGGUAGUGGAAGUCCCUUCAGCAAGUAGGAGAGCAGCAGUGAAGUGGGAUCUGACUGAAGCUCAUUCACCUGCUAUUUGCCUGCUACUCUCGAAUCAAGCAUCUGGAGACGGUAUGAGGCUGCUAGCUCAGCUCUUGGCUGUGGGGCAGUAGCAGUAGCAGCUGUGUCUUGUUCUGUUCUGGGGCUGCUGGGAUCUCUACAGACUGUGAGCAUGACACGCCAAUGGCUGCCCAGGUAGGAAGCCAACAUCUGCCGUCCUCCUUAUCUGGGUGACCUUGGCCUCCUAAGGCAGAGCGUAAAGCUUCAUCCUCCUGUCCUCUCUGGUGUUAUCUAAAUAUAUCGCGCUUGGUUUAGAUGGGAUUUGUGGGCUGAUGGGAUCAGCUGCUGCUGAGCUUAAUAUUCUGGGUAUAAGAGCCUUCCUGUGUAUGGAGAACCUACCCAUCAAGUGGCCCCCUGCUUGACUCAGGUGGUUUAAGCUGUAACUAGCUUCAUGCGCUCGGUUCAGAAGACGCUGCUUCCUCACUCCAGGUAAAGUCUGAGGGAUGGGGAAAGGGCACAUCAAAACCUGCCUGGGACCAGGCAGCCAACAUACGGCAACAUCCCUGACCUGUACUGCUCAUGGGAGUGGAGAAGCAUCUCCAAUCCUGGCGACACAACCCCCACCCCUUAGGGAGUAGGGACAGACCUCUCCUCCGCAUGUGACUCUUAGUGCUCCACUUCAGUUCCUGCACGAAAGCUGAGAGGUAGCUUCUGUGGCAGGCUUUUUUGUAUGGGGCUGCAGUCCUCCUGCCUGGGCUGCCUGCUCUCUGUGUGUGAGCUGCUUGAAGGAGAUGGUCAGGGGUGUUUGAGGCUCCUCUGUGGACACAGCUGUAGUUGGGUUGGACCCCAGUGAAGGGUUUGGGGCCAGGGAGGUGGCUUGUGGUUUCCCAGGAAUUAGCAUCAGAGUGAAAAACCCUCUGUGUACUUCCUUAACCCUACUUUGCUGGAACCUGCGAUGGCUGUGCGUCACCCAGAAGAAGGAAUGCUUUCUGGUUGAAUAGACUGAGCCAGUUGAAUUGCUGGUGUCAUGCCAGGGGAGCCAGAGAGGUUUUGCACCAGGGGUGAGUGCAGCUCAAAGUGUUUCAGGAUUAAACAAAUCCCUGCAACUACAGCAAAAUCCCUGUUGGCUGCAGUCAGUUGUCCUGACGGAGCAGAGAGCUGGGGCAGUGGGGACAGUCAAGGGCUGCCUGAGCCCUGUCCUGUACCGAAGGGCAUGCUGGGGCUGGAGGCCAUGGAGCAGCCCACUGCCGGGCCAUGCAGUGACAGUCAUGGAAGCUGAGCGCCCUCAUUCCACCCAAUGCCUAGCUCCGGAGGGUAAAUAUUGUCCCAGACACCUAAGAGCACACCAGUAAGAGCAUGAAACCCAACAAGCUUUUGCACUUGAUUGACUUUUCCCCUUCAGAGCAAAGGACCACUGGGCUGCUGGCAUUUGGGUAUUGCUAAAGGCCUCCCAGAGUGUUUCAUCACCAUCAAGGGAUGCUAGUGCUGCAUAUUCCCUCUGUUCCCAGCCCCCUUGACACUUUAUUGCCUUGACAAAGCUAGACGGAGUGCAGGCAAAAGGACAACGGCGCCUCGGGUAUUCCUAGCAAAGCAGCCUCCUUGCUCCCAGGCACUGUGUUACUACCCCCGGCAGGACGGAUAACCAAGAGAUCAUUUGUAAAUGGCAGUUCCUUACUAAGGUUACCUGAGGCCCCUGAGGACGCUGCUCCCUGCAGAAGUGCUGAAAUCUGAGAUCUUUGUAAAAAUGCAGCCCUGAAGGCAAAGCAAGUGGCUUGGCAGUUGCUCAGGGUCUGGGCCUCACCUGGCUGGGAAGUUCACUCCUCUGGGCACUGCAGCCCUUCAUCUUAUGGCUCUUUCAGGCCUGAGUUUGUUCCCACAGGGGCAGAGUCAUUUAAAGCUUGAUGUUACCCUGGUUGCUGAAGCAUUUUCCUGUCUCAACCCACAGCUGCCCUGGGCCACCUCAGCCAGUCUUCUCUUGGCUGCUUUUUCUUGACUGGCUUCCAAAUGUGAUGCCUUCAGCCCCUGCAGCAUUUCCUGUUGCUACAAAUGAAUAGGUGAUGCCACCUGACAUCUUCUGUGGGAGUGGGGUUGCAGAAAGCUGGAGGAGAGAUCCCAGCAUGCCCAGGCUGGCUUCUGCGGCAGCCAGGAAGGGAAAUCCUUCCUGGAUGAUCCCUACUUGUUGCCAUCUGGCAGGGCCUUGUUAUGCUUCUGACUACGUUAACUCCCUCAGCUCCGUUCUUGAGGACUUUUAUAGAGUCAUUUUGGGCAAUGGCAGGACAAAGGGGUGUGAACUCCUUAGUGACAGACUCCUUCAGUCUUUGGCAAAUCUUUCUCUCACAUUCAUGGUCAAAUUGCUAGAUCUGGGGUCAGGGAUGGAGUUCCCCCCACGUCGCAGUAGCAAGGAACUUUUGGGCAUUUUUUGCCUUUCUCCAUAACAUGAGGUCUGCUCAUCUUAGCAGCAGAUGAACAACUUUUUCCUAAAAAAAAGCCCUGCCACUGUAAGAGCCAUUGCAUUGACCAAGGCACUGGUGGUGUCUUGGGUCUCUUCUGCUUUCUUCCUGUGGCACAUAGAAGGAUUUUGUUGUUUUAUAGUUUGUGGUGUGUAGAGGGGUUGGAGCAAAUGUUCCUUUGGACCCUUUUGGUUUCCUGCAAAUGCAAGGGACUGGACCCUCUACAGCUGCAGUGGCCCCUUCCAAGGCCUAAGUUAUCAGCUGCCCUAACAUCUGGCCCUCAGUGGUCUUGCAUGCCAAGUGGUCAGGUGUGGGCCACCUUUUUCCCUCUUGCACUUGGCCAGUAGAUCGACAUUCCUGGCUCCUUUUGUGAACAAGAUUCUUCUUUAAAAGAGCAAAGCAAAUGCAGGGUGCCAGCUUCUGGGUGUGAUUCCCGGUGUUGGCUCUGAGCCUUAGGUGCCGUGCAUGUUGGCAACUGCCUCAUAUCGCCUCUUCUUGCCAGCUGGUAUCACCUGUGAGGUAGAAGUGACUGCGGUAUGAGGCUCUUACAAUGGUAGGUCUUUUGUAGGAGCUGGCUGUUGAGUGAGGUGUGGAACAAGGGCUUGUUAGCCCAUGGUGAUGGCACAUUACCCUAAAAGGAGGAUGUUCGUAAUAAAAUCAAACCAUUACUUGUGAAAGAGAAACCACUCUUGCAUGUUUGUGAGCCACUGAGUGAGAUCCUGUUAAGGUUCUUUGUCAGUUAACGGCCUACAAGGAACACUCUGUGUUAAGUCCCCAGCUUCCUGAUUCCAAGGAGGGUUCUUGUGUAACCGACUUCUUUGUCUCCGCAACUUCUGCACAAGGAAGAAAACAGUGCAUUUGUACGUGGCAGGGACAGGUUGUGUGCCUUCAGACAGGCUUUGCUGCUUCCACAGCAUGGGACCCCUAGAGAGGCACUUCAGUCUCAGAGGCCUGUAGGCCAAUCCAUGCACCCCUGUCUGGGAUGCAUGUUAAGCUGGUGUCUCAGUAAUUAGAGUGGUUGCUUUAGAGUAUCUGGGGAGGGACAUGAUGACUGAAGAAAUGCAGGGGUUGGUAGAUGCAAAUGCUCCCCUGAUGAUGCUUUUCUUGGAAUUGGAGGAAAAUGGGACCAAGGUUCUGCAGGUUUAUAUGUAGGGAGCACCUCGGGGAGCUCCCGUUGUCACGUCCUCUCUUGAGAGCUCUGCGCCCAGGCAUGUGUGUGCCUGCAUGUGCGUGUAUGAGAGAAGCGUCUCAUCUGUUGGUGCAGAUGUGGAACAGCUGUUAUGCUAGUGUAAGCUGCACACCUUGAGCGAGGGGAGGGUUGAGUGCUCACUGGGUAUAAAUGCACCUCAGAUUUGAUAUGCCAGCUGCCUGUUCUUCACAGGUGUUCUGUAAAUUUCUGCUGUGAAAUCCAGUGUCUGGCUUGGCAAGACACAUCUUUCUUUCUUUAUCCCCUUUGAGAAAUCCCAGCUUAAAAUGUGCAAAAGCAAAUUGCUGCCUUGUCUGACUCAGGGAGAAAAAUCCACAUACCAGCAGACUGAGCUGCAAGCUUUUAACAGGGGCUGGGAAGAGACUGAGAUGGGGGGAGUUACCAAAAGUAGGAUCCAGACAGUGCUAGCAGUUAGUUCAUGGACCAAGGGUAUGAUUAUUUUCCACAGGUGCUGAGCAAACCCAGCUCCUGCUGGCUUCAGUGGCAGGUGUAAGGUUGUGCAGACCUGUGAAAAGCAGGCUCCGUGCACCUGUGUCUCCAGAAUCAUGGCUGUGUUCUGUUAAAGUGCCUGGCAGGAGACCUACCCUGUUUCAUGGUGUCAGGCCUUGCAAAGUAGAUGCCGUGCAGUUCUUCUCUGCCAGAUGCUCUGUGGGCUUGUGCUGGCUUCAAGGGAGUUAGGAACUGGGUCAGGAUGACUGGAGGAAUGAGUGUAGGAAAUAUAAGGAACAGAAUACAUCCAGCUGAUGAAGAGGUGAGGCUGAGAUUUGACUUGGUGGACCUUAUUACAGCAAAAGCUGUGUUAACCAGCACUUUAUUAGCCAGAAAACUCUAUUAACCGGCAUCCGAGGGACACGGCAAAAGCAAAACCGGAAGUACCGCUUCCGGGGGACUUCCCGUUUUGCCACUGUGAGCUGAGUUUUUUCUUUGCCACUUUUUCGGCCCAGGGUAAAGCAGCCUGCAUAGGGAAUCCCUCCCUGUCCCCUGGCAUGACAUCCGGGGGACGCUGGAUAACAGAGCUUUUACUGUAGUAUGCUUAAGCAUCUGGAAUGAAAGGCAGCUACACUGGGUUUAUGGUCUUGGCUGUCUGUAGGCCAGCAUCUGUCUGGUAAGCUUAUCGUGAUCCUGUGUUCAGUCUGGGAUUAAGAUGGUGGUUAGGUGGGGAGGGCCAUAAAGGCUGCUUGACCAUGCCAACUCAGUAUCUUUAAGGUGCCUCAUACGCAGUCCUUGUAAUAGCUACUCGCUAAAAGAAAGGAUCGUCUCUGGCCUAGAACAGGCAUGAGAUUCCUCCUAAGCCAGUGCUUGGCAGCUAGAUCCUAGGUUUCAUCCUCCUCCCCAGUGUUCACAACUACCUGGUACAGAGGGCAUGUUGCUGCUGCUGACUGGCUUUCCCAGCCCUAUGUUUCCCCACCAUUCUCUGGUAGGAGAGCAGAUACGGUCUAUCAGGGCCGCUUGGCAGUGCUGCUGCAUGAAGAUUUUGCAAGCAGCAUCUGGGGCCUUGUGCCCCGUCAUGGAGGCCACGAGUGAUGCAUCCUUUCUGGUUGUCCUUGACUUCUCUUUAGAGGAAGAGAUUCUCUAGGGCUUAACCUAGAUCUAUUAUAAGAAGGACCUGUGGAUUCUCCCAAGGACAAGAGGAUUGAGAGCUGGAGACAUUGCUUUGUCCUUAUUGCCCUAAGUGGGUAUGUGUAUGUGAGUGUGUGCAUGUGAGAGAGAGAGAGAGAGAGAGAGAGAGAGACUGACUUGUGCCUGUUCUUUUUCCAGUGAUGAAGCUUAGAGUGUGGAUGUUUUGUAAAGGGUCCUUGCCUGUUACUCAGCCCUAAAAGUCCCCAUAGCUGUUAAGGUCAUUGUUUUAGUUGGAAGUAAGGAUUCAAGGACUACACGACUGGAGUUCUGUACAAGUUCAGCCUCUGAGUCCCUGUCAGGCGAAGAAAAAUAUUCACUCUGCCUUACCAGAUGCGGUAACGGGGGCAGAGAAAGGUGAAGAAACUUGGCUUGGUCACAGAGGAGUUAGGAGUCCUGACUUAACAUCAGCUCCACAAUCUACUACCUUUAGUAGUAAUGUUUGACAGUUCUCCCAAGCACCGCACACUGACUCUCCCACUCCUUUGUCCUUGAGUUCCUUCUGUUGCAGUUGCGCGCGCGUGUGUGUGUGUGUGUGUGUGUGUGUGUGUGUGUGAUCGAGAAGGGUUAGUAAGCAACUAGGAGGGGGAAAGGAUCUUGCUGAAAGAAACCAUCUUUCUACUUAAAGGUAAAACUGCUGCAACAGUACAAGGGAUGUGGUUGUAGCAGUAGCUUCUGGGCCUUGCCCUAUAGGAUCCUGCAUGUGAUUAUCUCUUGGGAAGACAGUUUCAGAGGAAUGGAUAGACGGUGGCUGUGUACACGCAUUGAGAGAACCUAGGAGAAUUCUCACAGGUUUGUUCUCAUCAUAGACAAGCUUACCAGAGAGGCACAUACACAUUCAAAUACUGAGGCCCUGAAGCAUGGAGCGCUUGCACUGUGCAGCUGGGGGUGGCCCUCUGCACACAUUUCAGAAUGCUCCUUUAGUCUGCCUGGCAACAGGUGGCAGCAAUGCAUAGGACAGCUCUGAUCGGCUGACCCAGACUACCCAUGGUCAGCCUGUUUUUCCCUGUAGGAAAUUUGUAGAGAUUGCUAAGGGGGAGUGUUCUGGAGCAGCAGAGUCCAGCAAGUGACACCCCCCCACCCCCCCCGGAGGGAGGGGGAGAAGCUGGAGGGCUAUGAGAGAAGCCAGUUGCAUGUACAGACCUUCGCUUCCCCAGGAGAAACUCUGGGAGCAAUUUAACCCUGGCUGUUCCCCAGUUAUCUUUCUCUUGGAGCAGCCAUUUUUACCCUGGGAGAAAAGGCCCAACAUUUGUCAGGCCUUGGUUUCCUCUGGGACAGCAGCACCUCUUCCAGAAGAAACUGAAAAGGGCUCUCCUCCACAGGGCCAUGCAGACAUUCGAAGCUGGGCAGUAGCUAAGCAGCUGUUUGUGGCGGGUGGUUUGGGAUGUUUCUGUUUAUGCUUGGGGGAUGCAGGAAAUGCUUUCCCUUCUUUCUGAAUAGGUGGCAGCUGUGUUUACUGCCACUUCCCCUGAACUCGACCACUUCCUCCUAACCCUUUGUCCUGUUUGCUGGUAGCAUACAAAUGGAGCGGAGCACUGGCCAUAGCACUUCCAGUAACCCCCAAGGAACAAAGACUUGCUGUGCUGGUUCAGACCAAGACAUGGUCAUCCACAGCGGCUUAUACCAGAAACUUUGGAAGAAGAUACAAAUAACUGUGCAGGAGGAAGCUCUGGGGCAGUCUGUUGUAGGGGGAGUUUUAUUCUGACUUCCUUAGGUUAAACCCUGAAGCUGGAUAAAUGGCUUUGAAAACAGGCUCUGAUAACUCUCUAGAUGGUCUUGUCUAACCUGUAAAUUCUAAUCCUCUUCUGAAUCCUGGCACCUGGCUUCAGGAUCAUCUUGUGGCAAUGAGUCCCACAGGCUUAUUAUAUGUUAUGUGAGACAGGAGUCUGCUGACAAGGAAUGGCUUUCACUGAUGCUCCUGCUCCCACUCCCACCUCUUGUGCUACCAAAGAGGAUGAGUUGAGGAGCCUGAUGUACUGUCUUUGUACAGGUUUUAUCUAGUCUUGAGGACAGCCUGCAUGGGCUUGUCUGCACUGCAACUGAUGGCAGGUCCUGGCACUGAAAGGCCAGGCCUGGCUGUGCCUGCUGGCCCACUCCAGACCUGGAAGUACAAUAGUAAGGCUGCUCUUGGCUCAUACCCUAUGGCCUCUCAAGUUCACAGGCAUCUGAGGGCUUGAGAGUGCACGUGGAAGGAUGAGCCCUGAGUAGCCACAUGGACAUAUUUGCAGGUUUGGAAUGGUCCUGUGGGUGCCCAUGGGUAGGGUGAGCUCAGGCCCAUCCCUGCUGGGAGCUGCCAUGGUGUAGACAGUGCUUACACGGCUCAUAAUGAUCUUGUCUGAGUUGUGCCUAAACCCUUUUUAAACAAGCUGUGUGUGCUCUAGAUUUGGGCCAGUGCAAGAAGAUGAUGGAUCUUAGAAAUUAAUUAUUUCCUUAGGGCAGGGGUGCUGAAUCCCCAGCCCAUGGGUCAGAUCUGGCACCUGGUGCUGGGUCAUAUGGCCUGCAGGACUCCUUACAUGUCUGAAAAUUUGGCAGCAGGGCUCCCCUGCUGCCCUAUUUCCAGGCCUGUGGGGAGCCUCAGGGGUGGGAGAGUGUAGCUGAAGAAUGGUGUGCAGAUCCUGAUCCCAACAUGCAGGGUUAGAUGGGAGCAGUGUGGGGCCCUGGGGCCCGAUUCCAGUGCAUGGGGCUUGAUCCUGGCACAUGAGGGGUGAUGUGGGGCCUUGGGGCCUGACCCCAGAGUGUGAGAGUAGUGCAGGCCCAUUCCAGGAGUGUGGGGCUGGAUGGAGGCAGCACAGGGCCUAAUCAAGCCCACAGACUGGCCCCAUGACACAUUUGGCCUUUAGAGCCAGAAGAUUGAGCAUCUCUGCCUUAGUGGGAAAGAAAGUUGUGGACCCAUUCAUGGUAUCCUUUCCUAGGGCAUGUUUGCUUGGCAUAGGUGCCUCACUUCUGCUGCUGCCUUGAAGCAGGAAGAUAAAGGCAACAGCAAGACUAUUGUGGAGGUGGCUGCACAUCCCUCAGGCUGGAAGCUUGCACAUAGCCUUUGCACAGACCUGGAAGUUCCUGGCAUGCUUCUCCCCACUUCCCAUCCUUCUGCAGGCAGACAUGCCUCAGCUGCCAGCCAGCAUCCAUACAGACCAUCUGUCACUCCACUUUGGGGUCCUGAUGGGUUCACAGGUGUGAACCACUAGGCAAUGUGGAGUGGCACAGAUACUUGUCCCAUGUGUCAUCUGGUUGUGGGCUGGGUGGGUUGCCAACCUCUUUUCAGCUGCUGAAUUCAGCUGACCCCCAUCUUAGACACACAGGCUGAAUUGUCAUCCAACAGCUGUGGUCAGCUGUUCUUCCUUAAACACUGAAGCACUGAACUUGUUAACCAUUCCUGUGGGAUCCCUUUUUGCUGUUCGUGUGUGUGACAGAUUUCAUAUCUGUGCUGUUCUUGCCAGAUUAGGGACUAACAUGUUUUAAAAGAGUUUUUUAUAUGUUUGAUGCAAAGAAAAGCCAUUUUAAUGAGGGCUCCUGGGUGAGACUCUAGCCUGCUUGAUUUAUUGAGCUAGUAAAAUUAUUUUUGGUCUCAGCAUGAAGCUGUGUCCUGUCCCUCAUGCCUGCCUCCUCCCGACUCAGAGAAGUAUCUUGCAAGGGAGGGAUUUUUCUCAGUGAGCUGCACUGAUGAGAUGUGUAAUGGAAAUGAUCUGUUUGUAAGCAACCUGGUGGUAGCGUCCAGAGAGCUGAGAGUAUGACGUUGGUGAGCCACCUGCUUCUUGGGGUUGUAAGCCAAUUUCUGUUCUGUUGCCGAACUGGCUUCAUGAUCUUUGGGAAGAACCAGAGCAAUUCAUUAUUUAAACACUAAAGCAGGUUCUUUCUCCCAUCCAUCAUUCAUCUGGUUGUUAACCCAGAGCUAUAGAUGAACAGGAGCAGUCUUCAUAUUACCCAGCUUUAGACUGGACUAUGAAAUGCAGGGACAGAAGCUUUGUUACUGAUGGCAGCAGGCCCAAACUUGCCUCUUAGUUGUGCUAAAAGGCACACUUCCAUGACGGAUGCUUUGCAUGACAGAAGCCGGGGAACUAGAAAUAUUAGGACCGCUCAGCCCAGCUACGUCCCUGCUGCUCAGUUGUUUAUGUCUUAAGUGUCAAACAAACAUGCACUCAAGCUAGGAUCAUCUUUUUAGUGCAGCGACGUCUGUUGAUGAAGAACCAUCAUCCGAAAUUGAAGGGCCCAUCUGCAGCUGUUCAAGGGAACUCUGCUACCAUAUGGCUGCUCAGACCUGAGGAUAGCAUGCUCUCACAGUGUAGACAAGACCUCAGUGAUGUUUUGUGCUCCAGCCACAGCCCUGAUACACAGAGGGGCAAAGCUAGAGUGUCCCGAGGGCUGGCAUUGCUUGACAAAUGGUGAAGUACUGCACAGAAGUAGCCACAUUGUCAAAGGUCUGUGACUGCCAGAAAAACGGAGUUGCCAGGUGCAUAGAGUACUGUCACUUCUGCAUCUGCACAAGGCUUGUGCAGCAUGGAAACCUGGUGGCCUAGCUGUCCUUUCUGCUCUUUUUGGGGAUUAUUUUCAUGGCAGUUGAGUCUCUUUUGGAGUGCUGCUUCCCACCUGCAGCAGCUCCUCCUGUGUCCCUGAGAUCUGGCCUGUGUCGGAUGCAUCACGUUCAGAGGUGCCUGUUUGAAAGUGCUGGAUUCCCUAGGCAGCAGUCUACAAACAGUGCAUCAGCUGAUCCGUAACACGUGAUACGAAAUAACCAGGCUGCACAAAGACCUGGUUCCCCACAUCCUCUGAAUGGUAAUGACACUGCAAACAGAGGAUUAUGGCUUCAGGCUGGAACAAAGAAGCAGAAGAAGCAAGAAUGAUCCUGUUCCUGGGGAUUAAAAGGCAAGGCAAAGGUAGGUGGUGUGAAGCCUCAUGUCCGAGACACUUAGUACUAGAUCUGCAGGGUAGUGGUGGCAGUGCCUGGUCAGAGGCAUUUCAGGCAUGUGGCAAUUCUGCUUGUUCUCUCGUUCUCCUCCCCCAAGCAAGGGACUUGCCAGACCCUUGUCUGCUCCUGCUAUUAGAGUGGAGAGGGGCUAGAAGUGACAGUGGUGCUGAAGUGUCAUGCAGUAGCAAGGCUCAAAGAUGGGCCCUCCUCGCCACCAUUGUGUCUCUUUUCUUAAGUAAGAGUGGGGCACUGAUUCUCUUCGAGCUGAUCCAGGGAGCUGUCUAUUCACACGAGGUGAAAUGGCAGCAUCGGAAACAAGCCUGCUGUGAGCAGGGAGGGGGCUGGAUUAGGGGGCUGGAUUAGAUGACCUCAUGAGGUCCCUUCCAGAUCUACUUUCCUAUGAGCCUAUACAUCUGUGCCCCAGCAAGUAGCUCCCAGUUCCCUAUAGGAAGUAACCCUUGGAAGCAACCCUGCUAAAUGCACUCUCCAAGAUUAACCAGCACAACUGCUGCAAGAUUUAAAAGGAUCAGAUGAGGGAGAAGAGACAGGGCAGGGCUGGAUGGGACCAGUUGUGUAGCUCUUGAUUUAGCUGGAUACACAGCACUGUCCCCAUUCAGGAACCUCUUGUGCUUACUCGUGGUACCGCUUGUGCUUGUGCUUACUCAUAGUAUCUAUUACACUGCCUGUGGGAUGUUUCGGUAGCGCUCAGAUGGCUCUUGGGAUUGAAGUGCAUGUGGAAGGCCUGUUCCUCUAGCUCUGCAAUCUGCAGUGUUUUGAGCUCCGCUCUCAUAGUGACAGCCAUUCAAUUAGGAUCUGGGACGGUAGGUCUAUGCCCACCUGUUCUAGUGCUCCAGAUUCUCCAUGGAGAAGUGGAGAGUCACUUGUGUGUCAGUGAUGCAAAUGUUUUCCCUUUUGGCCAAUGAAGGGCUCCCCAUCCUGGGGGAAUCUCGCACGCGCUGAGAGGAGACGGCGAGCUCUUCCCACACGCUCCUGUCCCUUUUGAAUCAUUUUGGUUUAUCUUCCUUACUCUGUACUGCAUUUCAAGCCUACUGAAAGGGCUUGGAUCUCAAACCAUCCUUUUCUUUGGAGUCAAAUUUAGCUGAGCGUGUUUUGAAAUCUCAGCUCUUCUGUUGACAUUGGCUGCAAGCUCAGAAAUUAAAUGUAACCCUGAAGCUUUAAAACUCAGCUUUGAAAUCUGGGAUGCCCUCCUGGUGCUGAGCUUCUGCUUCCCCACAUGCCUCCUCUUGGACCAUGCUGCAUGCAGCUACCAUGAGUUUUGUGUGCCAGCUCAGUGGGCCUGUUAUGUACGGUCUCUGUCCCAACUAGCCAUACUUGCUGUCUCGUGUGUUUGCAGGGCAGGAUGCAUUUGUUUAGCAAAUGCUUGCUGCAGGAAUGGUGUGCAGGAGUCAAAUCCCUCAUUAAAGCAGCAUCAGCAGCCUCUUCUCUGAACAUUUGCUUUUUUUCAUGUCUGCAAUUACCAAGUGGUUUAUUUUACUGUUCAGAUUGGCUUCCUGGAGGUCCUCAUCCCCUGUCAGCUGGAGGUUCGAUUCCAUAGCUUUUGUGGCAGAAGACUGAGGUUUGGCAGACAGCAGGAGAUCUGUAGCAGUUUUGCAGGCCAUGUCAGAGAUCUCCAAAUGCAGCCCAGCAAGAUUUUAAACCAGUUCUGUUCUUUUUGUUUCUUGUCUGCUGAGCUUGAGCCACUGUGCACUUUUUAUGUCCGCUUCUCAGGGAGCAGUGGAACAGAACAAGGAGCAAUGGUCUCAAUUGCAGCAAGGGAAGUUUAAGUUGGAUAUUGGGAAAAACUUCCUUGCUAGAAGUAAAACACUGGAACAGGCUACCCAGGGAGGUUGUGGUUGCUCCAUCCUUGGAGGUUUUUCAGGCUUAGCUAGACAAAGCUUUGGCUGGGAUUGAUAUAGUUGGCACUGGUCCUGCUUUGAGCUGGGGGUUGGACUAGAUGUGACCUCCUGAGGCCCCUUCCCACUCUCAUUUUCGAUGAUUCUCUUACACCUCUUCAACUAGUUUUAAAUUAGGUUACAUACAUAAGAGUUCAUCUCCAACAUUUAAUUAACCUUCCAACUAACCCUUUAUAUUCAGGUAGUGUGUAGCUUUCUUUCCAAUGGGCUGUUCACAAGUAUAUGCAUUUGUGGAAGCAGUGGUGCUAGGGAAAUUGAAGAGAGCCAUAGGAUCUGUUAUCGUUGGAAUACCUACGAAGCAAAAAUGGAAAGAAACAGAGGUGUCCUGUAUGUGAAUGCACUUCCAUGGGAAGAAUAUCCUACGUGCUCAUUACCCAGUGCUUCAUGUGGCUGAUUCUGAAAUAGGAGCUAUCUGAUUUGUGGUAGGGAUGAUUUUUUUAAGUAUCUUUUAUAUAUUGAAUAUGAGUGUGUGUGUGUAUUCCAACUUGUGUCAAAGUCAUCUCUGAUUUUUUUUUUUUUUUUUUCCUUUUCCCGCCACCUAGUAAAGGGGAAUAUGCCAUGCAGAUGGUUAGAGUUGCUGGCAAAUCCAAAUGUCCUUUUCUAAGUGCAUCAGUACAGUGCAGUUGGGCACACUGCAAAGCCUUCUCUGGUAGUAUGUCCUCCUUCACGCUGUGCUCCUCCACAUGCCUCGCUACGGCUUCUGAGCACAGGUCUCUUUGUGCAGCACUGAGCUGAGUGAUGAGUCCUUUCUGCUGAGUUAGGGAAAACUUGUCUGUCUCAGACAUGUGAGAGGAAUGCACUGAAGGGACUCCAGCACUUUAGAGAGGACACGGGCUUAGGCACUGAAAAGUUUCUAGCCUGAAUGAAAACAGAACUAAGGCCUUAGCCUCAUGCCCUCAGCUGACCCAGUUUGCUUGAGUUGGAAGCACCACUUUGGAUGGGAGAAGGGUUAGUAAAACACCCAAGCAAGAGCCUGGGCUAGUACUGCAGUGAAGACAUGCCCCGCGUUGUUGCUAGCAUCGGGCCCGGGAUAGUGACAAACGGUUCUGAUUGCUUUUCCUUUUGAACUUGGCCCUUGUGACGCACAUGCUUGAGGGCUGGGUUCUUUCAAGCAGCUCCCUGGAAACUUCCCCCCCGCCCCUCCUGAGUUGGCAGGAUGUAGUUUAUUUUGAGCCUGUUAGAGCCAUUGAGUCUGAACUCAGCCAUUUCCCCUUGCCAGGAACUGUCUUGCACAGUUAAACUGUGUGAUGUUAGUAUUGAAGAAAGGGACUUCACACUCAUCUCCAGGGCAGGUGGUGGCCUGUCGGAAGUGAAGCUGGACGGUAGAAGGUGUCUAGCCAUUGCUGCUUUGGCUCCAAUAAGAGGAGUGGGGUGGGCAAACAGUGUCCUGUUUUCUGAUGGGGGUUGAAUAUGACUCGGUUGUCUGCAACCCCGGGGGCUGGACUUGAAGACCCAGGAGGUUCCUUCCAGUUUGGCGUUCCUAGAGCCAGUUGCCUCGUAUUCCUCCAGCCAUCCCCCUUUGCCCCAACUUACCAGGACCCUGUUAAGGGGCAAAUGAGGUAUUCAGUCUGCUGGUUUCUUUCUCUAUCUCCAAGCAGCCAAUUCCUGCCAGUUGUGACGUGGGCAGCUGUUGAGUAGGAAGCAUCCAGAAGCACUGCUGACACUCCCUUGCUUCAUUUGUGCCAAAAAGUGUUUGCAUUCAUUUACACAUUCCUGCUGUCUGUGACUUUUUUUUCUUCCUGUCCUUGUCUCUUGAGUGAACAGUACCAAGUAAUCUCAACUGGCUGCUUUUCAGAGAGCCUGCCUGCUAACUGUCCAGGAUGCCUUUGUGUCACCUCCUUGCCUAGUACACAGUGGUGAUUGCCAGGGCAAAAAGGCUCCCUCUCUGGGUUUCCUCGUCACACUGACUCCAUGCUGUCCCCAUGCUGAGUCUGGAGCAGUGACUCCUCUGUCUGCAUGUGCGGAGAUGCGCAGGGGCCUGGCUGUUGGUAUUCUUUUGUUGCUGCCCUUUGCCAUGAUAGGCAGGCCUUGUGUACAUACCCACAAACCACGACUAUGCAGGCAGCUGCCUUUUUAAAAUGCAGAUUUCUGGUUUUGAUAGGCUGUUUCAUGGUGCUAAUGAAUUUAGCCUUGCAUGGCUAUUACACUGAGUGACAAGAAGGGCACCUGGGAGGUGAAAUUGCAUUGUCCUCAUGUUAUAGAGGGGAAACUGAGGUACCAGAAUACUGUGGAACUUGCCCAAGGUUGCACAGGCGAUCUGUGGCAGAGUUGAAAACCAAAACCUAGGUCCAGAAUUGCAAGUCAAGCCCCACCUCCAUGCCCCCUCCCCAUCAUGAAGAUGCUUUUAAAUAAAGGGGGAAAGCCCACAAGUUUGUUUAUUUUUGUUUGUUUUUUUUAAAUGAUGCAGUUGGGGUUCUGCCCCGUUGCCUUCUGGAGGCUGAACCCAGAGGGUUGUAUUGUUAAACUGUUGUCAGCUGCAGUCAGAAAUGGGGUUCUCGGAUAAUCACAGUACUCGACUGCAGCUCUCAGCUGAAUACUGAACUUGGCAUAAAAUCCCAAGUUAACAAUGCUGCGGGUCAGGGGGCCUGCCCAUCACAUAACCCGCAAGACCAUUCGACUUUGUCGCCACACAUUUUUAGCUGUAGCGGAGACCAGCUCUGGAAUUCAUCUCCUGCAGCCUGUUCAAAUGACAAGCAAGCUCUCUUUCAAACGGCGCGUGCAGCAAUGUGAGGUCUUGUGGGAGUUUUGUGAUUGUGUGCACAGUCCUGCUCACUUUGCAUUUCAUUAACCCCCUCGCAACCUCAUUGCCAGGGCCUGAGAGUGCUGCUGUGAUAAUUGCAUGCUAAGUGGGUACAUAAACCAAUGCAUGUUUGUGUGUCCUUUUUGGAAAUAAAAUAUCAGUGUUGAAAAUCCCUAAGCAGGAUGUGAAGCCAACUGCUAUUUCCCAGUUUCUGCCUGCCCAGUUGUCCCUUCCCUUGCUCCGGUCGGUCAGGUUUGUUAAUGCUGAACUCUUUUCGUUCUGUGGGAGGGUGGGCAGUGAGGAGGUUCCAGCCUGCUGAGUUUUCUGGCCAAGUGUGAUGUGUGCUGAAAUGCAGUCCAACCUCAUUAUACCAAAAACUCACUUUUAACAGGCCCAUCAGCAGGAACUGAUUUCUUUUCUUUUUAAUUAGGAUGAUGCCUUAGAUUGACUAACCUAAUUGUAGUGAACGCUCUUCUAACAAGGUUUUUCUCCCCAUCCCAUAACUAGCUCAGACCCUGCUAGUAGUGCAACUGCUGCCGCCUGGUGCCCAGCACACGCAAGAAGCUGAGUAAUCUCUGGGUAGUUAGCGUGCCCAGAGUCCUAUGCUGGUGCAGGCCUUUGGCAAGCAGUGAGCUACCUGGUUGAAAGAGCAGUGUAUGCCCUCUGACUUGCAUUGGAUGAUGCUCCUUCUAAGCUCUUGCGUAUCCACAGCCAGCUGCAAUUCCUUUUCCCUGCCCCUUCCCCUGUGUCUGCUAGUGUCUGUUGGAUAAAGCUUGCAAGUGCCAUGUGGCACAGGCUGCUCACACAUGGCAAAGUGUGGACAGAACCUUUUUCAUCCACCUUCUGCCUGUGCAAAUCGGACCCUUCGUUCUGCCUUGUUUGGCUGGGGAGGCUGCCAGACCCCCUUGGGGAGAAGUUUGCUGCCUCUUCCAAGGGUUCCCUCUCAUCAUCCCUUGGGAGCGGAGCGUGGUAGGCCAAUUUUUUGGGUGGGUGACAGCACACUGUCCCUGUUACCAUGGCACUGGCCUAGCACAGACCCUGGUUAGUCUCCCUGCUGUUUUUGGACUCUUGCCGGUCCUUGGAAUAAGUGGGAACUUCAUGGCUCUUGCAACCCCAGAGAUCCACUUGCUCUCCCCAGCCCAAGGGCGAGGUGCUCCUCCACAGCUAAAGAAGCUACUGUGUGGGAUCACAGGUGUGGAGACCCGAGUUACCUGGCGAGAUGCUGUGACCCUGUCAGCACAAAUGAGUACAAGUUGAGCCGCCUUUGUGUUGCAUUGUAUGUCACGUGGGUUAGUCCAGGAUUAAUCCUGCUCAGGCUGAAUGAUCACAAUAGGGCUUGGCAGUAAAGGCCAGUUUGUCUUCCUGAGGGCACUUAGCAGUUGAGCCACAGUGAAGCUAAAUUGCCUCCCAAUUCCCAGUGAAGAACCAUGCCUGGACUAUUCUUUUUUCCUGCCUGCUGUUCCUAGCUGCCCUGUUCUCCAUAGCUCCAAUUCAACACCUCUUUCCUUAUCAUCACCUCUGCAGUCCCUUUUUGUCAUCCCUGUUUGCCCAGAUUUUUCAUAAUCCUCCAUGGCAUUGAUUUUCCUCCUGCAGCUGGGGACCCAGCUCUAAGGCAGUAUCUAAUUGCAGGCUGUUCAAAGAGGAGUGUCACCUCUCUGGCCUCUCAGGUGAUAACCUUCUGAGCAUGGCAGCAGGAGCGUGUUUACUUUUGGUUUUGUAACAGCUACAGCUGCACAUAGGUUUCCGAUAAGCCUGUCUGAUAAGCCAGGGUUAAAGCAAAUAACUAGCAUGAUGGAGGGGCUGCUGGCUGUGGCAGGGUGGGCAGGGGAAGGAGAAAGGAUCUUUGGAAAUAAUGUUUCCAUGAUCAGGAAAUAGCAGCUUGCUUAGCUUUUGCAUGCAGCCUAAAGCAAUAGAGGGGCACUGGUAUUGCUAGUAGUGAGGGUGGCUAAUAGGUUGGUCAGAGCCGGGUGGCAAACUCAUUUCUCCUCUAUAAGCAAAGAUAAGGCCAUUGCUGAGAGUCACGGUUGCUUCAGCCCUAAAUCAGGACAACCAGAGUGUCCCAUGGUUCCCAAAUGGAUGUGCAUGUUCAGCCUUUCACUUCAAUAAAAUACCAAAAAUGAAACCAGAUAGGCAGCGUGGAGGGCAGGGGAAGCGCAGCCUUUCCUCUGCUGUGAACAGGGAAUCAGCAGCUGGAAUCAGCCUUGAACAGAAACAAAGGAGCCACAUGCAGCUCCCGCAGGCAAAAAAGACCCCAGCUGUCUCUGGAGCUUCAGGAGCUGCUCUCUGUUACUUCCUGUUGGAUGCCACUUCCCCCUGUUUCCAGCCAGACAUGCGGUCUCCACCCUGCUCCCAUCCAAAGCAAGGUUCCUAAUAUAAUCUAUGUUGUCCUGAGCUCUCGGUACCUUUUGGCAUCAAAAAGCCCAUCCCUCAGCAAGCAGUUGUGCCCAUUUGAGCAAUCGCAGAGCAGCCUAUGAUGCAGUCCCCUGUAAUGACUGCAUCCCAUUCCUGCUACUAGUUUUUACCACAAGACAACAAGGAGAGAGACUUUGCAGCACACCAGCUGGCUGCAAGCUUAGAACAAGUCCACGGUUUGGCUUUGGCAGAGCAAAAUACAGUUGCUGCCAAUGGAUCUGGUUCAAAACUCUCUGAAAAUCUCCCAGUGCAAAUGGGAUUUGAAUGCAGUGGUAUUUAAGGCCUCUCCUAGAUGAGUCCUGCCUCCCAGCAGCUCCCUUCCUCCACCCCGACAGUCCUGACAAACUUCAUUUUCGUCCUGUCUGUCUGCAGCACAAAGCCAAUGCAUGAAAAAGCAGCUUCCCUGAAGAGCUCCCAGCCCAUGCACAAUCGGGAGAAGCUGGAGGCAUCUCAUAAGGAGAAGAGCCUGGAUUCCCUGGAUGGCAGUCUGCAUCUGAAUGAAGGUCUGAAGGAUGAGGAAGUGAAGAAAUGCCACAGAGAAGUGACCUCAAGUAAAUACAACUUGCAGUACCACAAGCUGUUCAAGGACAUUCCCACAGAGGAGAGUGUCCUGAAAGUCUGCUCCUGUGCGCUUCAGAGAGACAUCCUCAUUCAGGGACGGCUCUACAUCUCCCCCAACUGGCUCUGCUUCUAUGCAAACCUCUUUGGGAAGGACAUCAAGGUGGUUAUCCCAGUGGUGUCGGUGCAGCUGAUAAAAAAGCACAAGACAGCCCGGUUGCUGCCCAAUGGCCUGGCUAUCACCACCAAUGCCAGCAGAAAGUACAUCUUUGUGUCCCUGAUCUCCCGAGACAGCGUGUAUGACGUGCUGAAGAGAGUCUGCACCCACCUGCAGGUUUCCAGUAAGAAGAGUUUGAGUUUGAAAGAAUUUACAGAGGAGCCCGACUCUGUAUCUCUGGAGGUGAUUGUCCCAGAAGUGAAGUGGAGGAAGGUUUCCCCAGCGUCUCUCUCCCUGUCUCUCCCAAAUGCAGACUACCAGUGCAUCCACCGGACGUCCAUCAGUAGCGUCAGCACCAAGGAGAGCUCUUUUAACUCUGAGGAGCCCCUCGUGUCAGAAAGUGCAAUAAACACAGAGGAGGAACUGGAGGCAGAACCAAACUGUGUGGCGGAGCUAAGGCCAUCUGAUUAUCAACUCCUGAAAAUCUUCAUUGUGCUGAUCUGCCUCCUGGUCGUGUCCUCUUCAUACCUGGCAUUCCGCAUCUUCCGUCUGGAGCAGCAGCUCUGCUCUCUGAAUCGAGACUACCUCUCACGCGGCCACAGGAGGUGACUGUCACCCCAGAGCUGUAGCUCAGGAUGGACAUUGGCAGGAAAAUAGCACUUUGUGUACAGAUCUCCAACACAGCCUGUUGGUGAGCAUUGCUGCAAUAUUUAGAACACCUGAAUUAAGAAGUCGUCAGUUCUUUUUUACUCCAUGUUGCAUCUGACCUGAAACAUCCCUGUUUACAAUGGAAGACCCCAGUAUCCUUCCUUUACUGGAAUGCUGUGGGAUCAUGCCACACCUGCAGUGCAAGGUGCCAUCUGUGGAGUGCAGCCAGCCUCCACUCACAGUAUUCAGACCAACUCCAAGAUGCUCCCAAGCAUUCAUGUUUCUGGGGGGUCUCAGGUGCAGCUCUGCUCGACUGAGGCUAAAGCAGUGUCUCUCGAAUGCAUUCUGAGCAAGUCCAAACUACAAGUUACUCUGGCUCAGGGUCCUGGUCACCUCCACGAUAGGAAUCAGGACCAUGUACUUUUGUUUCUCCUACCAGCACAGACUCCUGUUUUGGGGUGGGAGGGAUGGGACAGACUGCUGCUACCCUGCCGGCAGUGCCAGCAGAACACACGUGUGAAGAAGGGCCCUAUAAGAGCCACUUGUUCUUCCAGGGGCCUUGGUUCUGGCCCAGAUGUAUUAUACCAGAAGCUGCAUCACCAUUUUGCACCGCCAUGUCAGGAGACACCAGCACCUUUGGGCUAACAUCAUCUCCAGUUUCAGCAGCCAGUGGUUCAGCAGGCUCCUGUGAGCAACCUGACUUGCACAAUGCUGUUGGACCCUACUCAUAGGACCCAGUGCUCAAAUUGCCACCUCUUUUAUGUUGGACUUUUUCUUUUCGUGGAAGGAUAUUUGAGAAGCUCCCAUAAUGGAGGCUGACAGGGACAUGCAAGCUGGGUGUGUUCUGUUCCCAAUACCUGCUCCCAUAUGAAGUAGCUGUCAUCAGGACCCAUCCCUUUUGCUGUAUUUGCCUCCUAUGCUGGACCAGCCUUGUAUGGUCCCAUGCAUCACAAGGAAACUUCUCCAUGACUAGAAGCCGGUGUUACUGUCUGGGCAUUAACUCCAUUACUGCCUUUGUCAGAUGUCCAGUGUAGAGAAUGACAAUCCAACAAGAUGCCAGGCAGGGUAUAGAUCACUCUUGGGCUGAUACCAACUAAAGUGAGGCUUGCUCAGGUGGCAGAUGAUUAACCAGGGAAAUUCUGGUGCAAUUUGUCUUAUGGCACCAGUGUGCAUGGCCCAGAGAAUGUUUGUGCAUUCCACUUCCCCUCCUUAAAGUAUUACAGUUCCUACACCUAGAGAGCCUGGGCAGAAGAAGGAUAAAAAGGAGGGAAAGCAGAGCAUAGAGCUAGCCCCUUCUCCUGCCUGGCCUCUGCAAAGGAAAUACUAUAUAUAGCACAACAGUGCUCUCUGCAGAACUGAGACUGCAGGGCUUGAUGGUGCAAAACUGGCAUGAAGGAGCAGCCCUCCCUGGCUGCCCUAGAUCACCCAGGCUUAUGCAGUGGCAUGACAAGCCAUCCAGGUGGCUCCUGGAGGGGGUCCACAACUGCUGGGCAGCUUGGGGCAAGAUUCCCAAGGUCUCUGCUGUUUGGAAAGAGCCUGCGCUUUAGAGGUGAAGUUGUCUCUGACUAUGGCUAAGUCAGACCUCAGAGUAACAGACCUCUCCUAAGGUGGUGCCAAACAUACUCUUUGCUCUACACACUGCUCUCAAGCACUUGGUGUUUCUAGCCACUGGAGGAGGCUGUAAGAGAGACUACAAAAGGUGUGGCCCAGGUCAGGCCUCUGUGUGUUGGUUGGUGUUAAAAUGUACCUUUGCCAUGUCCAAGCUCCAGCCUGCAGCUCAGAGGCAGCAGGAGGAAUAACCACAGCAGCAUUUCCUUGUAACCUGCUUGUUGUCAGCAUCUAAAUGAAAUCUUAAGCCCUUUGUGGCCUGUCACUGCUCACCUAGGGAGCAGCAAGAGCUUGAAAGACCAGGCCUGGAGCAGAAGGCCCACUGGACACGUGGGACACUGGAGCUGAUGGUGAAUUAAUAGCUCCUUCCCUUCUCAUCUCCCUCCCUCUUUCAUGGGGGCUGCCCUCAACAUGUGAGGCACAGUAAUAUGCUAGAGGCCAAGGUCUUGAAUAUUCAUUAGCUUGGCUGGGCUUAUGCAUAUUAAUGUACCUGCCUCUUUAGCAUUCUGGUGGCACCCUUUCUACAUGCUCAUUCAGGGGCCUAAUCCAAAGCCCAUCAAAGCCAAUGGAAAGACUCCAGCGCUCCCAUUGACUCCAGCAUGCAAACCCCCUUUACACUGGUUUUUCAGGGGUGAGGAAGCCAGCUCUGUUCAUAGUUUGUGUGAAGCAUUCAGGGGACAAAGGUAUGAGCUAUGGGGUAGUUCCCCUCACAGCUGCACUGCGUAAAUCUGUAGUGCCAGGGCACCCAGAGCUCAGAUGACCAGAGAUGAGACAGCCUGCUGUGAAGCAUCUCUGGGCCAACUGGCUGACUGUUAUUCACCUAUAACUUCUUCUCAGGUGUGUGUCCAUCUUGUCUUUGUUGAAACAUGUCUUUUCAGUGCCACAUUCCCCUGGGAACCACAAGCGAGAGAUGCAUCCUGCCACCCCUGGCUGUCAAACUGGGUUGUUGGGAGAGGGAAAGAAAUGGUACAACCAACCAAGGAGGCACGUGAGGUCUGGCAACAGGGUUAAGUCAGGGCCAGGGUUCAUCACUGGUGUGAGCGUUAGACAGUCUCAUUGUUUGGCUUGUACUUAAGUGACAGCUCCUGUUUUUUAGGAGUAAAAAUCCACUGGGUGUUUUAUUAAUAAUAAUAAUAAAGUUAUUAAGUGACAUGCAGACCUACUGCUGCCCCCCCCCUUGGCUGCCCAUGCUACUCAGGAGGACUAUCCAGUCAGCAGUGCUGGGCAGGACAUCUUGCUCUUUGCUCAGUUGGUGGAGCUAUGGGCUGGUGCUUUGGCAUGUCCUUCUUGGAGCAGGAGUGUUAGAAGGGUUUUUAUCCCUUCCUUCAGCCCCUCCUGUAAAUAUGGAGAGCACCUCCCAUUGAUUAGCACUAGAAACUUCCCGACAGCAGCAGAGACAGGGUGGCCAGGAUCUAAAGCACAUGUAAUGUGUUGCCUUGUGUCACAAAGAGGGGCACGGCAAUAAUGAUUCCUGCAGCAGUGCACAGUGCUCAGCAUCUGAGCUUGCAGAAAGAUACCAACAUACUUCAUGCCCCCACUGAACAUGGUACUGUCUUUACAGCAUAAGAUCCACUCAUUCAACUGACCUCUUCCAUUUACAGCUGCAUCUUCUCCACUGCUGUCAGCUGCUGAGCUAAGUUACAGGAAGCCUGUAGGGCUCAGGGCAAGAUUUGAGCUCCCCCAUCUGGAGAAAUUGGGCAGCAUGAAGGGUUUUUAACAACCAGUCAUUUAUCUGAGACCCAGGAUCUGCUUGAGUAGCUUGCUCAUACUGCAUCUCAGUGCCUGGAGCAGAGGACAACACCAAAUAGAGAUGAAGGUUGGACCUUAGGUGCCUAUUACAGGGCCAGCAAGGGGGGAUGGAGUACAGUCUUCACUAUCCAGAGGGAUAUUUCUGUCUCAGCAUUUAGUGCAAGUAACCUGCUGUCAAUAGGACUUGGAUGUAUUCUAGUUCUCUUCCACCUGCAGCUAUUUUUCACUGAAAUCAAUGUCAGUGCUACAGGAGUAUUAGCCAGUUGCCAUUAAUUAUUCUUUAGGGUUAUCACUAAGAUAGAGAUCCCACAGCUGAGCUACCAGCAUUUUGUUUUCCCCUCUGUCAGUGUGGAUCAUCUUGGCUUCUCCAUUGCAGCCUCCAAAUGCCAAUUCAUAGCUGCCAGUCACAGGCUUGCUCCUGUUCUCCCGGAGAUAGGAGGCAAGCACGUGAUCCUUCAUGAGGUUUUUUUUCUAAACAAUAUCCGUUUCCUUUGAAGGGCUAGAAAAUAUAUCCCAAGGUAGUAAACCAGGAGCAAACAAGUUUUAAGCUCUUAGUUGUGGACCAAUAACUUUCUAAGACCCCAAGUGCUUGAGCUGUGACACAGAGAAAGGCAAAUCACACAAACUGGUAUGAGUGAGAAAGAAGUGAGAUUUCUGCUCCAGCCCAAUCCUCCAGACUCCUAGCUUGCAUCCUAUGUCUUUGAGGGUGUCUAUGUUGCUGCUUAAGAGUCAAUCCUGAAGGCUACCCUCAAAGAGUCCAGGCCUUGUGAAGCACUCCUCUCUGUCAGUAGCUUACUCUGCAGCUGCUCUACAUUAGGCUUCCUUAAAUGGAGACUAGCUAGGAAUUAGUCAGCUCACAACUUCUCUCCUGUUGUGCUUGGCUUUAUUUAGGGGCAGCACAGACAGGCUGUGGAAUACAAAAAGGCAGGAAGUUGGGAACAGGAAGUUGUGGGAUUGUUGCUGAUGUACUUUAUCUGUAUGCAAGCUGCCAUGCCUGGGUGAGUGCUGAGCCUGCUGCAGGGAGGAGUGGGCUGAAGCAAGACUUGACCUGGUCAGUAGGUCUGGGCUUGAGGGAGGCCUAAAAUAGCAAUGCCAUCUUCUGCUGUUACAGAAACCUGUCCUAUUUUGUUUUCUGUUCAUUGCUGUGUAAAGUAUUUUGGGUAGGAGAUGACUCCUGUGAAUUAACCAAGUGUGUUAUAGCUUGGAGUUUGCGUUCCUUUGAUGCCUGAGGAAUACAGGCCAUGGUGGGAGGUGGGCUGGUGAACUUCUGCCUGUCUUGGUGAACACUGUUCCUAGAGAAGCACUGGAGACCCUCAGCUGUGCACUUUGUCUGUGUGCUGGGGUUUCUAGAUUUCAUGUGCUUAUUUUAAGGGUAAGGGGGGGCACAGUGUCUUGCAAUAAUACAAUAACAAUAAAGUAAUGCAAUAACUUCCACUGAACUGUCGCAGCCCUCCCACUGCUUUGCAGGGAGAUGCAAGGUGUCCUCUGCAAAGCAGUCUAACUUCUGUGAGUGUUCUGCCCCCAUGAAAAUAGGUCUUAUUUAUUUUAGUAGCUGUUUUCCUCCAGCACAAUUCUUUGCCAUCUGUGGGGUGACCCUUUCCCACUACAGUAUUAUAUCAGCGGGAGCAGCAGCAAACACUUGGAGGGGAGUAGGAUCUGCAAAAGAGAAAAUGCACUUCAGCACCUCCAGCCUGGUCUGGCUGACAUAAAACUGAUGGGACACAGGGAUCAGAAAAGUCAUGAUGUAGUGGAAUCCCAUGGAAAUAUCUCCAGGGCUCAUCAAGAAGAAACCCAUUCAUGUGCUCUCUGCUACAUGUUGGUUCUUGUGGCUGAAGGAAGAUGGAGGAGUCUGGUUUGGACUAAACUAUGCCAUUAAGUAUCUCAUUCAUAAGGGCUGACAUCUGUCGCUGGAACCAAGUCCUUCUGCCUCAGUCACACGUACAGUAUUUUUACAAGUCCUUGUACCGCAUCAGUGUCAUUUUUACUCUUAUUUUUCACUCCAGCCCCACCAGUCACUAACACAGCCCCCUAGACCUGUAUGCAAUUGAUACAUCCAUAACUGGGAAAGGCAGCUGCAGUCUAGCACACUGCUUACACCCCACCCACUGCUUGUAUUGUUCUGUUUGUAAACCAGAAGUAUUUCUAGAGAGCCAAUGAAUGGUUUGUGUCUUUCUCUCUACAUCUGUAUCACUAGCACAGUGGGCAGCUCCUGGGGAAUAGAACGCUAUCUUGCUGUAGGCUGUGAAUCUAUUUUAAAUAAAACCAACGUUUUCUAGUG